AGGGGGAGGGGAGAUGGAGAAACAGAAAGAGGGGAAGGGGUUAGAGAGAAGAGAGGAAAACUGGGGAGCAAAGUGGAGAGAUAGAUGGAGAGAGAGGGGCAAAUAGAGAGAGAGACUUGUAGAGUGGAGAGAAAGGGGCAGCACAGAGAUGGAUAGAGGGCGAAAGAGAGAGGAGAAAACGGGAGCAGACAACGACUACGAGAGAGAGCGGCAUGGAGAGAUAGAAAGACGCAAGGGUAGAGGCGCUGGUGAUGGAGACAGAGCGGGUGUGCCCCAACAGACAGGAAACCUUACAACCACCCCCGAGACCACCCGUGCUUCCCGAACCACAGGGAGGAGGGUUAGCGGCCUCUGAGAGCCCCAAGGGAGAGGGUGAAAUCGCUUCGGACUGAUGUAAACCGGCGGCGAGAAUCACUGCCACCAUUUCCCCUCCCAAUAGCCUCCUCACUCUCCACCUCUAUCAACACCCCAGCACUCCGUUCCCGACCUUGGCCGGGAUGAAGACGGGGGCUGCCGAACCCCAGGACGGAGAUGGGGUGCCCGAGGCGAGGAGAGGCUUGGAACAGCUCUGGGACGUCCUACUGGGGAGCGCCAGGGAGCUGCGGUUGAAGACCUUGGACUUCAGCGACCUGCAGGAGGAGGAAGAGGAGGGGGACGCGCGGCCCCGGUCCCACGGCCCCACUCCGUGCCCGACGCAGGGGACCGGACCGCCGCCCCCGCCCCCUCUCCCUCUCCCUCCUCCACCACCCCCUCCACCCUCUCCCCUCGCCGGCGCGACCCCCAGGACCGGCGGCGGCAGGGGCACCCGCAGGCUCCACUGGAAGGGCAUCGCCGAGCUGCCCGCCCAGCCCAAGUUCAGCCGCUUCGGACCCGCCACCAUCUGGGACGGCCUGCAGCCCGUGGCCCUGGACACCGAGCGGCUGCGGGAACUCUUCCAACGCAGCGCCGGGGACCCCCAGCACCUCCAGAAACAGGGCGCGGGGCGCAGGCGGGAACUGAACGUACUGCCCGUGAAGAGAAGCAACGGUAUUAACAUAGCACUGACAGCCUUGCCCCCACCGCACAUCAUCCACGCGGCCCUCCUCUCCUUCGACCGCUGUGCCCUGGACAGGGAGGCCAUUGAGAGGCUCCAGACCCUGGUUCCCACCGAGGAGGAGGUGCAGCAGAUCCAGGAAGCACAGCGAUCCAAACCGGGACAGGCCCUGGGCAGCGCCGAACACUUCCUCCUCAGGCUGGCCACCGUGCCCGAGCUCACAGCCCGACUCAGCCUCUGGGCCUUCAUACUGGACUACGACACCAUGGAGAAGGAGGUUGCCGAGGCUCUGUUUGACCUGAAGUUGGGAAUGGAACAGUUGGCCGGGAACAGGACUUUUCAUUGUAUCCUAGCAACCCUGCUGGCCAUCGGCAACUUCCUUAACGGUGUGAACGCCAAGGGCUUCGAGCUGUGGUACCUGGAGCGGGUGCCGGGCGUGAAGGACACGGCGUGCAAGAAGUCACUGCUGCACCACGCCUGCUCCAUCAUCGUGCAGAACUUCCCCGACACCAGCGACCUCUACUCCGAGAUCAGCGCCCUUACCCGCUCAACCAAGGUUGACUUCGUGCAGCUGCAGACGGACCUGGCCCAGCUGGAGCACAUCUGCAAGGCGUCCUGGGACCACCUGAAGACCAUCAGCCGGCGGGACAGGAACGCUGCCUUCCGCAGCAGCACCGCCUCCUUCCUCAGAGAGGCCGCUCAGCGCAUCAUCAUCCUGAAGGCCGUCUACCGCCGGCUAAGGAACAGAAACAUCCUCUCCGCAUCCACUCGAUCGAGGCUUUUCAUCGUUCGAUUCCACUCCUUUCUGCUCUACCUGGGCUACCCCAGCUCCUACGUCCGUAAGGCCACUGUCAGCCGGUUCUGCAAGAUGAUCAGCGACUUUGCGCUGGAGUACCACAUGGCCCGGCUCCAGGUCCUGCAACAACGGGAACGCCAGGAGAGAGAGAAGCAGCGUCAACAGGCAGAGGACGUGCCAUCGGCCGGAGAGACGGAUUCCCCGCAGAGCGUCGCCGUGGUGAUCCGCAGCCUGUUCCCGGAAUGCAGCCAGCAGCACGAGGACAUGAAGGAGAUCCUGAGAACCCCGGAGCGGAGCCGCAAGUUCGACAACAGCCUCCCUCGCUUCCGCAGGAAGGUGUCCCAGGGCAAGGAAAUCCUCGACCAGAAGCUUCACUGGUAAUGCGGGGAGGGCCCGUGGGAAUGAGGCCUUAGCGUCAAACAGGAUGGCGGCCCUGCCCUCACAAAGCUGAAUGAGGCCUUAGCGUCAAACAGGAUGGCGGCCCUGCCCUCACAAAGCUGAAUGAGGCCUUAGCGUCAAACAGGAUGGCGGCCCUGCCCUCACAAAGCUGAAUGAGGCCUUAGCGUCAAACAGGAUGGCGGCCCUGCCCUCACAAAGCUGAAUGAGGCCUUAGCGUCAAACAGGAUGGCGGCCCUGCCCUCACAAAGCUGAAUGAGGCCUUAGCGUCAAACAGGAUGGCGGCCCUGCCCUCACAAAGCUGAAUGAGGCCUCAGCGUCAAACAGGAUGGCGGACCUGCCCUCACAAAGCUGAAUGAGGCCUUAGCGUCAAACAGGAUGGCGGCCCUGCCUUUACGAAGCUGAACGAGGCCUUAGCGUCGAACAGGAUGGCGGCCCCCCCCCCCUCACAAAGCUGAAUGAGGCCUUAGCAUCGAACAGGAUGGCGGCCCCCCCUCACAAAACUGAAUGAGGCCUUAGCAUCGAACAGGAUGGCUGCCCCCCCCCCCACAAAGCUGAAUGAGGCCUUAGCGUCGAACAGGAUGGCGGCCCUGCCCCCACAAAGCUGAAUGAGGCCUUAGCGUCGAACAGGAUGGCGGCCCCCCCCCUCACAAAGCUGAAUGAGGCCUUAGCGUCGAACAGGAUGGCGGCCCUGCCCUCACAAAGCUGAAUGAGGCCUCAGGGUAAGGGCAGCCCUACCCUUAUGAAGACCGUUUCUGUCUCGAUCUGUCUGUUUCCCGUUGCUUUGGACUCUGUGAAGCAGGACUGUCACAACGUGGCCAGCUGGGCCGGAGUGAGAGAAUUCCAGAAUCCGGGAAUGCGGUCGUUUUGUGCGUGAUAGGCCCGAGGGGUCAGAGGUGAAUUCAAAUAACCAGCUGACCAGAGUACAGAGACAGAUCACUCUCUAUAUAUACCUAUAGUGCUUUGUAUGUGGUAUUAAACAAUUAAAUAAACACUGACUUCGCUUAUUCACCACAGCACGAUGUACAAUCAUCAUGGUUCCUCUGGUCUGGUUCGUCAGUUACUGGAUUAGAAUAUAGACCAUAGUAACCUACAGCACGUUACAGGCCCU